AUGGCUUUGCUUAUGUGGAAAGCAUUCGACUUCUUCGAGGUCAGCCAGGUCAAGCUUGGCGACGACGAGACGCGGUCCUUCUUCGAGAACAACGAGAUAUCGAGCGUGUGCUCCGGAUCCGACAGCCUGUUCCUCGGCAGCUUCGAUGGAUACGUACGCAUCAUCGCGGCCAGCUGGAAGGUCUGCCGGAGCUUCCAGGCGCACGAGACGGGCCGCAUUACCCACAUGCGCCAGAUCGAGGGUACGAGCCUCCUGGUCACGGUCGCCGAGGAUCUGAGCAACGAGCCGGUCUUGAAGGUCUGGGCCCUCGACAAGCCGGUCAAGAAGACGGGGCUGCCCACCUGCCUGAGCACAAUCAAUAUCCAGAACGGCCGAAAGCAGUUUCCCAUCUCGGCCUUCACAGCGCUCGACGAUCUAUCGCAGCUGGCCGUUGGAUUUGCGAAUGGCUCGGUCACCGUAGUUCGCGGCGACCUGAUCCAUGAUCGAGGCACGAAGCAACGGGUGGUCCACGAGUCGGAGGAGCCCAUCACCGGAAUCGAGUUUGUCACGGAUGCCAAGGUUACCACACUGUUCGUGGCGACCACUGCUAGACUCCUGAGGCUUGUAGUGACUGGUAAGGGCCAAGGGCAGCCCCCGAGGACAGUAGAGGACUCCGGCUGUGCAGUCGGCUGCAUGACGCUCAACAAGACAACGGGCGACAUCAUCGUCGUUCGGGACGAUGCCGUGUACUACUACAACCUGGACGGCAGAGGUCUAUGCUUUGCGAAUGAUGGGACCACAUCACUUGCUUCAACCUACCAGGACUACGUCGUUCUCGUAUCCCCUCCAGCUCAGCCCAGUAAUGGCGAUUCCGAAAACAUUCGGCGACGCUUCGGUGGCGGAAGCGCUGAAACACUGUUCAACGCGUCGACGUUUACCAUGAUAGACCCCAAUCUGCAGAUAGUUGCACACACCGAGUCUCUGAUCUCCAAAGUCCAAGCUCUGUUUGAAAUUUGGGGAGAUUUGUUCAUCCUGACUCAAGAUGGAAAGAUCAACCGAUACCAUGAGAAAUCCCUCCAACAGAGACUUGAUCUCCUCUAUCAGCGCAAUUUGUACCCUCUGGCAAUCAGUUUGGCCCUGAAGUCUGGUAUGGACGAUCAACAAAAGAACGUCAUAUACCGGAAAUAUGGUGAUCAUCUCUACCAGAAGGGUGAUUACGACAGCGCGAUGGCCCAGUAUAUCAAGGCCAUUGAUAGUACAGAACCGUCGCAGGUCAUUCGCAAAUUCCUUGAUACCCAACGUAUACAUAACCUUAUCGAGUAUCUCGAAGAAUUACACGAACACCACAAGGCCACCGCUGACCACACAACUUUACUUCUCAACUGCUACGCCAAAUUGAAAGAUGUUGAAAAGCUUGAGAAGUUCAUCAAGUCGGAAGGCGAUCUCAAAUUCGACACAGAUACCGCGAUCACCAUGUGCAGACAAGGUGGUUAUUACGAACAAGCGGCAUACUUAGCUAUGAAACAUGGUGAGAGCGAUUUGGUCGUCGAUAUCUUGAUUGAGGACUCGAAAAACUAUAGUGAUGCUCUCAAUUUCAUAUGGCAUCUGGAACCUGAAAUCGCAUAUCCUGCAUUGAUGAGAUAUGCUCGAGUACUACUGGAGCACUGUCCAUCAGAAACGACUCAGAUCUUCAUAGAUUACUACACGGGUAGUUACAAGCCAAAAGUUCAGCUGGCAUCCGUAGAAGAGGUACCGGCAGUCUCCGGCAGCGCUCUAGGAGGACUGGCCGCAGGCACUGCAAAUGCGGUACAGAACUUGACCAGUCUGAUCCCCCUACCGUACAUGAAUACCUCUUCUAUUGCCAGCCCAUCAACUGUAGGAGACAGCAAGCAGCCUCCUGAAGCAUCUCGAGCGACAAUAGACCCCGACUUGGUCGAGGCACCAAAGUACACAGCUCCCGCCCCAAGGACUGCGUUUUCAUCUUUCAUCGACCACCCUGAUGAGUUCAUCGUCUUUCUUGAAGCGUGUCUUAAGGAGGAAUCACUCAAGGAGUCCGACAAAUCAGACUUGCACACAACAUUAUUCGAGAUGUAUCUUCACAAAGCCAGCGAGAAGAGGGAUGAGGACCGCGAGGAGUGGGAACAGAAAGCGAAACGUUUGAUUUCUGGCAACGAACUUCCCAUUGAAAACUCCAAUGUUUUACUUCUAUCACACCUAUCGGACUUCCGAGAUGGAACAACUCUGGUCAAAGAGCAGUCUGGCCUUCUCUUCGACAUCUUCCGCUCGUACACAAGCGCCAAAGACACGCGUGGUGCAAUUAAAGCUCUUCGCAAAUAUGGGCUCGAGGAACCCCAGCUUUAUCCCGCCGCGCUGGCGUACUUCACUUCUGACCCCAAGAUCCUGGAAGAGGCUGGGCCAGAAGAACUUGCAAAUGUGCUGAGACGCAUUGACGAGGACAGCCUUAUGGCACCUCUUCAAGUCAUUCAGACUCUGGGGGCAAAUGCCGUUGCUACAAUGGGUAUGAUCAAGCCCUACCUACAAGAGACCAUCUCGCGCGAACGCCGCGAGAUCGCCGCCAACCGCCGGCAGAUCAACUCGUUUCGUAAAGAGACAGAACAGAAACGCGCUGAGAUCACUGAGUUGGGCUCGAAGCCAGCUGUCUUCCAAUCACAACGCUGCCCCGGGUGUGGCGGCGCUCCGGAGCUUCCAGCUGUGCAUUUCUUAUGCAAGCACAGCUUCCAUCAGCGAUGUCUAAAGCAGAGCGCCAAUGGCUCUGAAACCGAGUGUCCUAUGUGCGCAAGCAACAACAUGGCAGUUCGAGCUAUGAAGCGCAGCCAGGAGGAACGAGCCGAUCGACACGAUUUGUUCAAGGAUGCACUCGACAAAGGAAAGGGGGACGAGAGAUUCAAGACCGUGGCACAGUGGUUUGGGCAGGGCGUCAUGAGUGCUGGCGCUGGUGUUUUAGAGUAG